UUUUGGCAAUAAAAUCAGUAAAUGUACAUGUUUUUCCCACCUGUUUAAAUUUAAAAGUAAUAUUACACGUUACACUUUUCUUGUUUAGAAUAAGUGAACAUCACUGUUCUUGUUAAAAUGUCACGAAAAGAAGACUUAUUGUCUUUGUGUCGAUGUUGAAAGCCACACAACAAGUUUAGUCUGAGGUGACAUCAAAAGCUGUCAUAAUGUGAUGGGUAAAGAAAUUAAUCUGCUAUAGGUCGAACAGCUGUUGUGUCUCCAGCGAUUUAUUGGUACAGGAGUUUGACAUUGAUAAACUUUUGACUAUUUACUGGUCGAGUUAUCGUUGGAUUUUAAGGUUAUAACCUUGCUGAAAUUCGCAGCUUGAGCAUUUGGAACUGUUACAGUAUAUAAGGAGUGUGGCGUCUAAAAACCAACACGCUGAAAUCAUUUAUUGAUUGCUAUUUUUAUCAAUUAAUAAUGACAAGUCGUUAUAGGAUAAUUUAGUUGAACAAUCGAUCGCAAAUAAAAGUCAUUCAAUGGAUCUACACUAUCUGACAGGGAAGUUCGAAAAAUGAUACUUCAAAUAUAAAAAUAGUUAUACACAUGUGAUUACAUUAUUUUUCAAAUAUCCUAGAAAUGGAGAACUAUCGGAAGUUUGUUCAAAAAUAGGAGUGAGUGCUAUCGAAGAAAUGAAUAUCAGCAAAAAUUGAAAAAUUAGAGCUACCAAUAACUUCAAUGGAAGAAAGUAAUUCUUCGCCGUCAGCAUUUAUUGGUAACAACACCACAGUUUUGGAAAUGGAACCACAUACUUCUUUGUCUCCAAUAGUUCCCGCUUUAAUGUUUGCAGCCGGUGCAAUAGGCAACAUAACUGCUAUAGUAGUAUUAUUAAAAUCAAAGAAAGAAAACAGGAGAACAAUAUUUUACCGACUUGUGGGACUUUUGGCUGUUGUAGAUCUCUUUGGAACAAUAUCAACGUCGCCUGUUACAUUCCUCCAGUAUGCACAUUUCCCACAAUGGUACGGUGGAGACCAUUUAUGUCAUUAUUUCUCUUUCAUGUUAAUAUUUUCCGGAUUAACAACUAUGUUUGUUGUGGCUAUUAUGGCUUUAGAUCGUUAUAUAGCUCUUCUGCAUCCUUACUUUUAUGCUGGAUUUGUAACAAAAAGAAAAGCCGUUUAUAUUUUGUCAUCCCUUUUCAUAUUUUCUGUAGCUAUUUCCAGCCUGCCUUUAAUCGGUGUUGGCAAAAAUGUAGCACAUUAUCCCGGGACAUGGUGUUUCUUUGACUUUAGAAGUGAAGAUUCAGCAGGGAAAGCAUUUACAUAUAUCUAUUCAUUGACAGGACUAUUAAUCAUUACUUUGAUAACCGCUUCCAAUGUGGCAGUGAUCGCAACUUUGAUACAAAUGCGUGAUACUUCUAAAACUAUUUCCUGCAAUAAAGAUGAAAUUUGCAGAAUAGAUCGUGAAAUGCAGAUGAUGAUAUUUUUGAUAGCAGUGGUGCUUAUAUUUAUCAUAUGUUGGGCACCAUUAAUGGUUGUAGUCUUACUCUGUACUACAGGGACAAUAAAACAUAGUGAUGAACUGGACUUGUUGGUAAUUCGAUUGGCGUCAUUUAAUCAAAUACUUGACCCAUGGGCCUAUAUCUUAUUAAAAAAGAGACAUAUCAUUUUAUGCAUUCGAUGGACCAGAAAAGCUUUGAGAAGUGCAAGAGGAAAGUUGGCUCUUCAGACGAACUCAAAUAAUGAAAUAGCUGAAAGUCGACCUCUUCCUAAAAUAGGAGUGUCUGAUAUCAGUCAAUCGUUUGAAAAAUCGUUGUCGUCAAGUUUUCGUGGAGAAUGCACAAAACUGUAAACAAUUUCCCGCAUAUCCUUUCCACGUGCUUUCAUACAUUUUUACAAUAAAAUAAGUGCAAGUUUU